GAGUUUAUAAAAGAACAAGGGCCCGGGGAAAAGGGGUGAAAAGAAAAGAGAACUGCAGAGAGAAAGGGGAAGAGCAAGAACAGAGAGGAAGAGAAAAGGCACAGAGAAUUUUCUGGAACAAUCAGCCAUUCAGGCGAAGGGGGUCCCCGAAACUGUGACUUACUCAGUCCCCUUGUACACGAUUCUGCUGGCGUGGGGGUGACACCGUCAGGAGGCACAGUCACGCCGCAUCACUGGGGUCCUCCCUCCACGCUGCUCUGACUCUCAGCACGCUGCUGCUGCAGCCGCUUUGCACGGAGACGCACGAGGACCUCGCCGAGGUCUGCCCCGCCACGAGAGCCUGAUAUUUACCACGAUCAAAACAGGACACAACACAAAGUGUGAGAGGGUCCUUACUGUGAGCUCCCGUACAGGACAACAGCUGCGUGUCUUCAUAAAGUCACUCUCUGGUGCACCAUGACACCUUCAUCUGGCUUACUUUUGCUCGUCUCACUGGCCCUGUUCACAUGCCAUUCAGCCGGGGAGAACGACCCAGCGGUGCUGAACAGUGUGGACGACUAUGACUACUAUCCGUACACCGACUCGCCAGAUGAGCCCAAGAAUUCAUCCAGCCGGGUGCUCCCUUGUAACUAUGACCUCUGCGAGAACCAGAAGAUCCCUUGCGUGAACCUCUCAGUCUCUACUGGCUGCCUCUGCCCAGGAGUGAGUGGACCAAACGAGACCCCAGAUGCCCCCGUCCUGUUGGAUGUUACCAAGGAGGGCUCGCAGGUGGUGGUGCACUGGUGCUCACCCCCAUCUGCUGUCACUCACUAUCAGAUCCUGGUGGGACGGCACCACCUGCUAACAGCGUCCCAGCUAACCAGGAGGGUGUUGCUGCCGGAGCUGGAUCCUGGAACCACGGUGUGCGUGGAGGCUGUGAAUCGUGCAGGCUCCAGCCGUCCCACCAAGACGUCAUGCAGGCGGUACGAGCUGGCAAAUAGCCCCAGCAUGGCCGCCUGGGUCAUCGGGGGGGUGCUGGCCUUUGUGCUGCUUCUCCUGCUGGCCCUGGUGGUGUUCCUGCUCAGAAGGAACAAGGCCGGCAGCAGGUCUAGAGCCGGCAACCCUUCCGACAGAGGCGAGGUGGUGUUCUGAGAGGAAACAGCGCCCCCUUCAGGGGAAUGAACCAAGCUGACGGGUGAUACAACAGCCUUUCACUGAGAGGCGAAAACAUCUAUCAGACUUACUGUCUGAAAAUGGCAGUGAAAACAGAAUGACUUGGUUGAGCAUCCCAGUCAGGGUACCACCCACAUCCUGUCCUUCCCAAGAGGUGCUACAGGGUCAAAACUGUCAGUUUUGGGAAACAGAUGUCUGAUUUUGCUGGGGACACUAAUAUCUUAAAUUUGUGGGGGAGGGGGAUAUGAUUUACCGAACAUGAAAUGGAAGAACAGGACGACACCUCAAGCACAUGUAACAGCCAGUGAUACUGGACGCAUAUGACAUUAUAUGCAUAAUAUGUGCGACCGAACGAAACUGGACAAAGGACAGGAUACAACUUUGCGAAUCGGUUCAUCGCGAUAUUGUAUUAUUGGUACGCAGAAUUACCGUGGUGUCCUGAUUUUUGUAAACGUACACUAAAGAGAGCAAAAAUGACUCUCUGAAUGCAAAGCAAACUUGCACAAUGGCUUAGCAUCUCAUGUACAGCAAUACUUAGCGAGAUCCAGGUGAAUUGUCUCCCAAGAAAAUGAUCAAAUGAGAGAGAGAGAGAGAGAGACAGACAGACAGACUUUGGAUAAAAUUAACUGAGCAAUAGCAAUAAGCUGAUGGUAAUUCACCAUACUCUAUUAUUUCUACAUAUAAUCGGUUUGCCCUCAAUGACGACUGGAACUGAAAACAAGAUUGUUUGUUAUUCCAUGUUUAUUUUCGUGAUGCUUCGGUUCUGAUCCAUUAUGCGCUUUGCUGCUGUGAUUAGCCCGCCCUUCUGCUUUCUGAAGUCACAGUGGUCCGACUUUAUGGAUCUGGUAGAGUGGCGCAGGAGUGGCAGCAGAGUUUAUGUUUUGAGGUUGAUCUCUCAGUGUGUUAGACAGACGGAACUGGGCUGGUGCCAACGCCUUAUUCACCCAGUACUGACAAACACACGGUGACACAGACAAGGUCACCCUGCAGAUGGUCUGAACUCCUGUCAUUCUGGACUUCAAAAAAAAAAGCUCAUCAAAAAUGGGUGUAAAAGGUGAAAACCUGUCACGAACUUGAGCGAGUUUAUCUGUGUGAUAGCUCUGGCGUAACAUCGUCAUUAAAUGGCACGUGGAAAUCAUCUUAACUCAGUUAUAAACGGUAAUGGACCGAUGGAAUGGCGUGUUUAGGGUCACCGCGCGUGAACGACAAUACAGGCAACGUCCAAAAACCUUAUCUUAAAAAUGCGGACCGAUACUGCCACCUUGUGGACUCUUUUGAUACUUUCAUGUUGUUUACACGGCUUGUAGGAAAUACGGCCUUUACUCAGGGCGGGUCGGAGGGGCAGGAAUACCCUGUCAGAUUUUGGGUGUCCAGCACUAGACAGGGGCUCUUAAAUUCGUAAAAUUAUAUGUGAAAAUGUACAAUGGACCGGGAGGGGGGGCAGAGUUUCUAACUAGGCCCCUGCCUUUUCUAUCCGUAUAUCGAUAUUGUUACUUAACUGUGCAAACAUUUUGGCAUGGAAUGUGCUGCUGAUUGUUGCUAUGAAUGAUGAGCCGUUGGUAGUUGCAAAUCGCAGGCAUUCAGUUACCCGAGUCAACAUUAUGUCAAGGCUGAUGCGGCUGUAACCGAAGGAUUUCUAAUAAUUCGCUCUUACUGCGAAAGUUAGCAUCUCCAGCGCCCUCUAGUGGUUACUAAAGGACGCUUCAGUGCAUAUUACUCAACUAUUGUUGAAUCAUGCAUUACGGACGGUCAUAUUUAUAAACGUCUCCUCCUUUUUGCAUAGCCUUAUCGGGGGUGAGAAGUCUCAGAGCACGAUUAGCUAUUGACUAUAAAGGCAUGGCUUAGACAAUGCUCUCAUUCAUGUUUUACCACCUAUAUAAGUUUAUAAUUUAUUUAGCCUGACCUGCUUUGGCCAAGGAUGUAAUGAGGAACUCCUAGCACCAUUGUAUCAUGCACAUUACUCUCCUCGGUGUCUCAUGAAGCCCCGCCCAUCAUUUAUCGAAAGAAUGAAGCCCCCUCUCCCUCCCCAACCUGCACGCGCGGUGCCAUGACGCUACACGCCCUGCAGACAUGGCCAAAGCCGCUGUGUCCGUCCGGGAACCGAGUCAUUCCCUCCGCCCAUGUAAACACAUAUAGCGCCCCAGGCUGGCAGAAAUUUUUAUUGUCAUGCAGGUGAGUCUACCUAAACAAUUGGAGACGCAACGUUCGGAGAUUAACAAAUUCUUUAAAGUGGGAGAUGCAAAGGAGCCCAGUAAAGGUCCUUUCUUUUUAAAACACAUUUUUAUUCGGGAUGUGACAGCGAGUUACGACUAUUCGCUAAUAAAACGCUCUGUGUGACUCUGGACACGAAGAUCCGCACAAGAAUGAAUAUUUGGGUGAGGCGUGGAAACUGUAGUGCUGACAGAGCAGAUGGAAAAAGCGGGAAAAAGAAGGAAACUAUGAGAUAAUCUUACGUCUGCUUAACACAUUGGCCAGCAGGUGUGUUUAUACGACACCCGGCAAAUGACACGUCCAAUGUGCAAAAAUAUUUAGGAUAUUAAAUAUUUACAUAUAUCGACAUCUGUUAAGCCUUCUAAUUAACUAGCAAAAUUAAUGUUUAUGAUGUGAAAUUGGGUACUAAAUUGUUUGUUGGAAGUAAAACCAAGUGGGUACAA